AUGGCUGUUGCCGAGGGUAUCUCGGCAACGACUCCUGUUCGAUUACGUUCAUUUGCAGAAUUGGUUCAAGAUUCUCCACAACCUCUGCCUGAGGUUUUGGUUCCUUUCCGGGCUCCAAAAUCUGUAGAUGGAGAGCGGCCUUCGCUAGAUUCGAUCAGAAGUUUCAUUCGUGCCAGAUGGGGUCUCACCAAGCAACCUAUUGUUUCCUCCAUGUUAAGGCCUCAUAACGUUUUUAUCAGGUUAUCGACUGAGGAGGAUUUUGUGAAGGCUUUGACGAGGGAGGCGACAAAUAUAAAUGGUGUGAUAUAUCGUGUUUUCAAAUGGACCACAGAAUUUCAUGAGGAUAAAGAACCGGUCUUUGUGCCUGUCUGGAUUUCUUUGCCUGGUCUUCCCCCCAACUACUAUCAUGAUUCUUUUUUGCGAUGUAUUACGGCUCCCCUUGGGAGAUAUUUGAAACGGGAUAACCCUACUAAAUGUGCUACUCGGACAGAGGCGGCACGAGUGUGUAUCGAGAUGGAUGUUUCAAAGGAGCCAUUGAGGACGUUUUGGAUUGGUAUCCCUCGACAGCCGAAUAGUUUUAUGCAGCAAGUGAUAUACGAAACGCUACCUGCAUACUGUACAAUGUGCAAUAUGCAAGGACAUAAUGAGAAGACCUGUAAAAGAAACGGACGGAAAAAGGAGAGGGAUCAUGAUCAUAAAGAGAAUGGAGGGAUGAUGGAUUCGACUCGGAUGAGCAAAGAUCAGGAAAACAUUCAAAAGGAGGAGAAGAAGGAUAUAGAACAAGGUAUGGUGAUUUUUGAAGAAGGAGAAACAAGUGAUCCGUUGAAGAUGCAAGAGGGUGAAACAAAUAAUCAGGUAAACAAUCAGCAAACUGAGAGUACCCUGGUUCAAGAUGGGGUUGAAGAGUUAGUACCGGUUUAUCCUCCGAAGGAAGUGGGUGCACAGAAGGAGGAUUUACUACAGGAGGACAGUCCUGAUAUACAGAAUAUGCCUACUGUGAUGGAAGUCAUAAAUGAGGUACAUGCAAAUGCAUUGAUCGCUGAAACAUAUACCGGGGGGGAAGAUAAAGAUUGUAUGAUUGUGGCUGGGGUUGUGGAGGAACCUGGUUUGACUGUUAUGGAGGAUCAAUUCGGAAAUAGUGUGGAAAUGAAUGAACCGAAUAUAGUUAAGGAAAAUCUCACAGACAGAGAGGAAGGGGAAUUUCAGGUUUGCUCAGAAUCCGAAAUGGAAGGACAUGCAGAACACUUGGCCAAAGGAAAGGACUCUAUAUCCGAUUCUGAAGUACAAGUAUGGAGAGAUCGAUAUAAUUAUGAUAGUUGUGUCUCAAAUGAAGAUAUGGGGGGAAAGAUUUGGUUGCUGUGGAAAAAUGAAACUAAUGUGGUAGUGCAGGCCAUGGGAGAUCAGUCUAUUACGAUCACAAUGGUGGAAAAUUCGAAAACUAUUCUAAUGACUAUAGUUUAUGCGAAAUGUUAUUACCAGGAACGAAGGCGGUUAUGGCGUGAUUUAGAAGUAACUAAUCUGCAGAAUGUGCCAUGGAUCGUAGUUGGCGAUUUUAAUAUCAUUAGAAAUGAUAGUGAAAGACGCGGAGGUAGGCCCAGAAUUUCAGCAACUAUUGAGGAUUUUAAUAACGCUAUUGAUAUAUGUGGCUUAAUGGAGAUGAAGUUCAGUGGGUCUAUGUUGUCGUGGUGUAAUGGACAUGCGAAUCUUACUCGCAGUUGGGCUCGUCUGGAUCGUGGAUUUCUUAAUGCAUCAGGAUGUGAUGAGUACCCAGAUGCUCAUCUUACCUACUUGACUAGAACAUCGUCUGAUCAUGCCCCCAUGCUUUUUACGCUGUCCAGGAAGGUAGUGCCUUAUGGGUAUCCUUCUUUUAAAUUUCAGCAAAUGUGGACUACACAUGAUUCCUUUUUUGAGUAUGUUUCUAAGGUAUGGUCAACAGAAGGGUCGGGGUCUGCAAUGUCUACUUUAGCUUUUAAACUCAAAACAUUAAAAGCUGCUCUCAGGAUCUGGAAUAAACAAGUUUUCGGAAGGACUGCAUCGCAUAUUGAAGAGCUGGAAGGGCGUAUUAAGAAUAUUGAGACGAAUCUACAGGGUUAUUACUCUCAAGAGGAGGAGAUGGAUUUGAUGGCAUCCCAAUUGGAGUUAAAGGUCUGGCUGGACAGAGAAGAACAGAGGUUAUCUCAGCAGGCUAAACAAACUUGGUUACCAAAGGGUGAAGCUUCCCCUGUUUUUUUCCGAGCAGUGAGUAGACGGAAUAAUUAUCAAGUGACUAAGAUGCAGUUAGCUGAUGGAAAUUUUCUUACUUCUCCCAAACAAAUACACAAUGGGGCGGUUGAUUAUUUUAAAAAUUUUUUGGAGGCUCGGAUAAUGGGUGACAUGCCUAAUUUAGAAGGUCUGGUUGAUAAGGUGGUAACUGAAUCAGAUAAUGAAGAAUUGUGUCGAGUGCCAUCUCAACAGGAAAUUAAGGAGGCUGUUUUUUCUAUUCCAGUGGACAGUAGCCCAGGACCUGAUGGGUAUGGUUCUGGGUUUUACCAAGCAUGUUGGCAGAUCAUUUCUAAGGAAGUUGUUGAGGCGGUGGAAGAGUUCUUCAGUGGUGGCAUGCUACCAAGAUUUUAUUCAGCCUCAUUCUUGGUAUUAAUUCCGAAAAUCCCUAAUCCCACUAGCUUUGAUAAAUUUCGUCCGAUUAGCCUAUGUUCAGUGUUUUACAAGGUAUGCUCUAAAAUUCUGGUUACUCGAUUAUCUUCAAUAUUAUCCAGAAUUAUUUCGCCGGAACAAGGAGCUUUUAUCAAAGGUCGGAGUAUUUUUGAAAAUAUUAGUCUCACACAAGAGAUGUUCCAUGGUUUAAAUAAGCCAGCUCGGGGGGGUAAUGUUGUUUUAAAAAUUGAUAUGGCGAAAGCAUAUGAUAGCAUUGAUUGGAGAUUUCUUUUACAUGUGCUGAAUUCCUUUGGAUUUUCUGACGAGGUUUGUGGAAUUAUAAAACAAUGUAUUACCACUCCUUGGUAUUCCGUGGUUAUGAAUGGAAUCCCGAAGGGAUUUUUUAAGGGGGGUCGAGGAUUGCGACAAGGUGACCCGUUAUCUCCAUAUCUUUUUAUUCUAGUGGAAGAAAUCCUUUCAAGGAUGAUUAAGCAACAAAUACAACUGGGGAAGAUUAAACCAUUUUAUCAUCCGAGGGGGGCACCAAUUGUUUCCCAUUUACUUUAUGCGGAUGAUAUUGUUAUCUUUACAAAUGGUGGAAAGACAUCUCUGAAGGCUGUUUCUAUGGUUAUCAAGAAAUAUGGCGAAUGGUCGGGACAAAUAGUGAACGAGAGAAAAUCUUCUAUUUUUUUCUCUAAAUAUAUGUCUUUAACUCAGCGCCGACGGAUUUUACGUACGACUGGGUUUAGUGAAGGAACAACACCAUUCAAUUACUUGGGAAUUCCUAUAGUGGCAGGUAGACUUUUGAUGGCACAUUUUGAAGGGAUAAUAAACAGAGUACGAGAUCAUAUUGAGGGGUGGAAGACUAGGCUUUUGUCCAGUGGUGCUCGACUUAUUUUAUUAAAGCAGGUAUUACAAAGCAUUCCAAUUCAUUGUCUAUCUAUCUUGCAUACUCCGAAAGGGGUGAUAAAAAAAUUGGAGCGUUUAUUCAGUACCUUCUUUUGGGGAGUAAGAGAUGGGAGGUCGAAAAAGAAAUGGAAGGCUUGGGAGGAUCUCUGUCGACCUGUAUCGGAAGGGGGUGUUGGGUUACGGAAGUUGCAAGAGGUUCAUACUUCUUUACAUAUGAAGUUGGUCUGGAAUUUGUUACAUGGUACUUCUAUGUGGUCGAAGUUCUUUCUCGCUAAAUAUGUUCGGCAAAAGCAUAUUUCCAUUGUGGAUCCAUUAAAAGGGUCUAAAUUCUGGAAGACGCUCUUACAAAAUCUACCAGAAGUACAGAAAUAUUCAAAAUGGCAGGUCAGAGAUGGACAGUUAUCUUUCUGGCAUGAUAAAUGGCUUUCGGAUGGUCCUCUCUCUAACGCACAUGCAGUCAGAGAACUACCGGGAUUAUCUUUAACCGAUUGUAAAACUGAAAAUGGUUGGAAGGUGGAGGUUUUUGAUCAGUUGGUAGGGGCGGAAACAAUAGAAAAAAUAAUUGCUGAAUUAGGAAGGGUGAAACAGGGGAACGACGUCCUUAUUUGGCUUCCUAAGGCUCAUGGGAAUUUCUCAACCAAAUCCGCUUGGGAAUGUAUUCGGUUACGAAGUCCAAUCUUACCGUGGGCUAAGUGGCUGUGGAAUCCGGCCUUACCAAAGAAAAUGUCUAUUAUCAUGUGGAAAGCUCAACAUAAUUGUCUUCCAGUGGAUGAUCGAGUGUGCAGAAUAGGAAUUCCGUUGGCAUCCAAAUGCGACUGCUGCAGGGAAGGGAACUAUGAAGACCAGAAUCAUGUUUUGGCUACCGGAGAAUUUGCAGAACAAAUUUGGAGGAUGUGUGCUUUAAAGCUAGAGCUGCCAUGCUUGCAAGGCAAAACAUGGAGAGAAAAGGUGGAGUCCUGGUAUAGGCGUGCUAAAACUUCUUCUCAAAGUGGCCAAUUAAUUGGCAUGUUGCCGAGCAUCAUCACCUGGAGAUUAUGGAAUCGUAGAUGUACUGCUAGAAUGGAGAAUCGGCAAGAAUCUAUCCAAACCAUUUGGCAGUCGAUAGUAUAUUGGGUGGCUUCGGUAGGUGAAAAUCUUAAGGCGUCACCAAAGUGGUCAUCACGGGAUGAGAAUAUUCUGAGGAGCUUUCGUAUACCGUAUAAACCAAAACCGAUUAUGACAAAGACAAUUAAAUGGAUGAGACCCCAGAAAGGAUGGUAUAAACUGAAUGUGGAUGGCAGUUCAAUGGGUAAUCCGGGUACUUCGGGGGCAGGAGGAGUGAUUAGAGAUUUUGGAGGUAAUUUUGUUUCUGGUUUCACUCUAAGCACUGGGAAUCGGACCAAUAAUUUUGCUGAAUUUAUGGGGCUGCUUCAAGGAAUCCGGUGUGUCCGGUUUUUGGGUUUAGACAAGAUAGAGAUCGAGAUGGAUUCCAAACUUGUGAUAGACUGGUUUUUGAAGAAGAGAUGUGGCCUUUGGUAUUUGGAAGACUAUUGGGAGGAGUUGCUAUGUCUUCUUCAAGGAAUAACAUUUCGGAUUACACAUGUUUAUAGGGAGAGUAAUUCAUUGGCUGAUGGUUUUGCUAGAUUGGGAGCUACUGGCGUUAAUAAAACUUGGAAUAAAAGCUCGGAUUUACCUAUGCAUCUUAGGGGCAUUUGCCGUUUAGAUAAGGGUGGAUGUCCUUAUCUUAGAUUAAGAACAUUUUGUGGGUAG